UCUGUACGGUGUCGAGAGAGAGGCGCUUCCUCGUCGUGCGGUCUGCUCUCUCUGUCAUUCUUCGCGCUUUUUUCAAAGUCGUGUCAUAGUGUAUAGUAUCGAAGAAACGUGUGACCUGUAAAUCUUCUGAACUCCGCUUCGACUCCGGAUAGUGAUUCAGUGCAGUGAUGUGUUCUGUGCUCCACAUUGGAUUAUCUAUUGGAUCAGCGAUGUUGUGAAAAUGAGUGAAAAAUCCAGUCGGAUUUUUAAAAGCCUUUGAGUUAAAAAGUUCCACAACAUUAUUUGGAUAUAUAUCGAGCCGAUGUAAGUUGUAAAUUUUAUUUAGUGAUUUAAUUUUGAUUUUUGAAACAAAUUUUCGGGGGAACAAUGUUGAAGAGAAGUUUUUCGAAUUAUUCUAAAAUCCAGAUUUAACGAUAACUGUCAAGAUGCAGCCUGUGCCGUGGCUGGGUAUGUUGGUCUCCUUGUCCGCGCUGGUGGUGACCGCGGUGACCAAGAUUGAGACGCCGGAACAGUGCGUUUGGAGUUCUGACAACAACGAGACGGGCAAGGUAUCGGCCUCGUGCCGGGUGCGGAGUCUGGGGUCGGAUGGCGCUAACAUGACCACUCUCCCGGUGGACGGUACGGUCAAACUGCGCGUGGACUGUAGCGAACUCCUGCAUUACGAGAGCUUCCUUCCUCCUCGGUACUUCCAGAGACUCCAUCAACUCGAGGACCUUACCAUCAGCAACUGUAAAAUCAUGGAGUUGCCGGCCGAGUCGUUUGACGGACUGCGGGAGCUGAAGCGGUUAACCAUCAACACCCACAACAUGGACUGGGGUACGGGGAAAACUAUAGCGAUCGGUCGCAACAGCUUCGACGGUUUGCGAGAGCUACAAGUGUUGGAUCUGUCGAAAAGCAACGUGAGAUCUUUGCCUGACGAGGUGUUUUGUUCGCUCGGUAACCUACAAGUAGUGAACCUCACUAGGAACAGUAUUCGAGAUAUGAACUCGAUAGGGUUCUCACCGAGGCAGCAUAAAGAGUUCCAAGAGACUGCAGUUACCACAGCUAGGAUUGAGUGUGCGGACGCGCUGGACUUGCGAUCGCUCGACCUGUCGUACAACGAUAUCAGAACGAUUCCCGACGACUCGGGGAUAACUAGACUGAGAAGGCUGCAAAAUUUGUUCCUACAAGAUAACGAUAUCGCGGAUAUCGGACCCAACUCGUUCAACGGACUGAUCUCACUGAGAGUGUUAAACAUGUCGAAUAACAGGUUAGAAUCGCUUCCUGACGGACUGUUCGCUAGCUGUAGAGAAAUAAGAGAAAUUUAUCUGCAUAACAAUACGCUUUACGAGCUGGCGCGAGGUCUGCUGCAUAGAUUAGAACAGCUGUUAGUCCUAGAUCUGUCCAACAAUCAGCUGAGCAGCAAUCAGAUCGACGACACCACAUUUGUCGGCCUCAUUAGAUUGAUUGUGCUCAACCUGUCUCACAACGCCCUCACUAGGAUAGACGCCAGAACGUUCAAAGACCUGUCCUUCCUGCAGAUUUUGGAUUUAAGAAAUAAUUCCAUCGGAUUCAUCGAAGAUAAUGCGUUCCUUCCUCUAUACAACUUGCACACUCUAAAUCUAGCUGAAAAUAGAAUUCAUCAUAUUACGUCCCAACUGUUCAACGGAUUGUUCGGCCUAAGUAAAUUAAAUUUGAAUAAUAAUUUAAUCGUAAACAUAGAUCCUCAAGCCUUCCGUAACUGUUCCGAUCUAAAAGAACUCGAUCUCAGCUCCAAUGCCAUUCAAUACAUUCCAGAAGCUCUCAGUGAAUUAUCAUUUUUGAAAACGUUAGACCUAGGAGAAAAUCAAAUCAGUGGAUUCAGCAACGGUUCGUUCAAAAAUCUCCAGCAACUAACGGGACUGAGAUUAAUCGACAACAAUAUUGGAAAUUUGACCAAAGGAAUGCUGUGGGAUUUAACUGGCCUUCAAGUGCUUAAUUUGGCGAAAAAUAAGAUCCAACAAAUCGAGAGGGGCACUUUUGACAGAAACGAACAGCUCGAAGCUAUUAGACUCGACGGCAAUUUCUUAUCUGACGUUAAUGGUGUGUUUCAAACUUUGGCGAAUCUUUUAUGGCUGAACUUGUCUGAAAAUCAUUUACUGUGGUUCGAUUACGCCUUCAUUCACAGUAAUCUGAAGUGGCUAGAUAUUCACGGUAAUUACAUAGAGAAAUUAGGAAAUUAUUAUAAAAUUCAAGAGCUUCAUAUUAAAACUUUAGACGCUAGUCACAAUAGAAUCAGCGAGUUGAACGAACUCUCUAUACCUAAUAGUGCGGAAGUCGUGUUCAUAAACAAUAAUUUUAUCACGAACGUCAAAGUGAAUACGUUUUUCGAUAAAACCAACCUGGCACGUGUGGAUAUGUACGCCAAUGAACUGACCAAAUUGGAUCUGAACGCUCUGCGGUUGUAUCCCGUAGAUCAGAACAAGUCAUUACCGGAGUUCUAUCUGGGAGGGAACCCGUUUCACUGUGAUUGCUCUAUGGACUGGCUACCGGUCAUCAACAAUAUGACCGCGGUUCGACAAUAUCCGCGCAUCAUGGAUCUGGAGAACGUGAUGUGUAAGAUGACCUACUCCCGGGGAAUGAUGCAUGUCCCGGCCUUCGAGGCGAAGCCCUCACAGUUCCUGUGUCCCUACGAGACCCACUGCUUCGCCCUGUGUCACUGCUGCGACUUCGACGCCUGCGACUGCGAAAUGACUUGUCCUCAGAACUGCUCCUGUCACCACGACCAGACCUGGAACACCAACGUGGUCGACUGUUCCGGCCAGAACACCGACCAGAUCCCCCGCAGGAUACCCAUGGACGCCACGCACGUCUACCUCGACGGGAACAACUUCAAGGAGCUGCAAAAUCACGUUUUUAUCGGAAGAAAAAAUAUGAAAGUCUUAUACGUAAACAGCAGUAGGAUAGAAAGUAUUCAGAAUAGAACGUUUAACGGACUCUCUUCGUUGCAAAUUCUUCAUCUUGACAACAAUUUAAUAAAGUCCUUGAACGGAUUCGAGUUCGAGCACCUGUCUCAUUUGAGGGAGUUGUAUUUGCAUAACAAUCUGAUCUCGUACAUCAGUAACCUAACGCUGCUGCCUCUGCGCUCGUUAGAAGUGCUGCGAUUGGACGGCAACCGACUGGCGACAUUCCCCGUGUGGCAACUGACGCUCAACUCCUACCUGGUGGAGAUCUCAUUAGCCAACAACCAGUGGUCGUGCCGAUGCAGGUUCCUGCAAGAGCUGCAGCUCUGGGUGUCCGACAACUGGCACAAGGUGAUUGACAGCGAUGCGAUCUUCUGUCUUUCUAACGAUACGAAGCCUCCCCACCGACGAAGAGUCGACUUCAACAACACGGCUUGCAGCGACUACUACUCGGGCAACUCUGUCAUCCAGAGCCUCAUUGUAUCCGACUAUCUGCCCAUGAUGAUCGUCACGCUCUCCGCGUUUAUCAUUGUCAUUUUACUCGCCAUCAUUAUGUUUAUUUUCCGCGACCCCGUGAGAAUCUGGCUGUAUUCGAGAUACGGGAUAAGACUGUUUAGCUUUAAAGCGGCUUCUGCCAAGUACUACGGUGAGGACAGGGAGAAGUUGUACGACGGCUAUGUAGUAUACAGCCCCAAAGACGAGGAGUUCGUCCUACAGAGCAUCGUAGCGGAGUUAGAGCACGGGAAUCCUUCGUUCCAACUGUGUCUACACUACAGGGACUUGCCUCACCACGUAGUCAACUCCAACUCCCCCUACAUGCAGCACACCACAUGCCCCGUGGUCGUGGAGGCGGCUGAAGCCAGUCGUCGAGUCAUCAUGGUGCUGUCCCGCAACUUCCUCCAGACCGAGUGGUCCAGGUUCGAGUUCCGGUCGGCGCUCCACGAGGCUCUCAAGGGCCGCAUCUUCAAGCUGGUGCUGGUGGAGGAGGGCAGCAUCCUCCCCGAGGCGGAGCUGGACCCCGACCUCAGGCCUUACCUCAAGACCGGUGCGCGAGUGCGGUGGGGCGAGAAACGGUUCUGGGAGAGACUGAGAUACGUCAUGCCCAGUACGAACAGUCAGAAGAAAUCGUGUAAUUAUAGAAGGAAUAUUAAUAACUAUAGUAUAGACUCGGGAGUGCACAGGACUGCCGCCGGGCACAACCACGCGUAUUUGCACGAGAAGUCGAAGCAGCCCGUCUCGCCGGUCCUGCAGCAGCAUAUAAACAGUCAUCCGCUGUUCAAAGCCGCCGUAGUGACCAACGGAGAGAUGCUGGUCCCCCCGGCGUACUCGUCGUCCAGCACACUGUCUCGGACACCCACCAAACCCCCCGAGGACCCCAACUACUCCUCAGCGACGACUGCCACCCCCUCGCCUCGACCCCUGCACCGGCCUUCGUCAGAGCACAUCUACUCGUCCAUAGACACCCCGGAGUACCCCAACCUGGAGAGAAGCUCUAUCAGACGAGCGGGCGGAGUCCCCAUCCAUCAACAGAACUGGAGGACAGGCACGACGGUCGUGGACUCUGGAGGCGUCCAGGCGUACCUCGUCUGAUGGCAUUCCUAGACCUUCGGAUUGAAGAGCUACCAGUUCUUCCUGGACCUGUGCUCUUACGUUGAAUCAUCGAAGUAUCUUAAGAUCAUCGUUUCGUCGCUUUUGUUCAACUCGUCAGCAUAAUUUAUUGUUCAGUCAUAGUCAUAUGGACUUAUAUUCCAAUUAUUGAUAUUUAUACGUGUUUUAUAUUUAUUAUCGUUUAUGUAUUUUUUACUUAAGCUUUCUUGUGUAAUGUUCCUGAUUUGAGUAAGAGUAUUCGAAUGUAAGCUCUGGGAUUCGCUGAGUAUUGUAACUGUGUAUUUUAUCAAUACGGUAUUUGUUAACUUUUCAAUUGAAAUAAGGUGCUUUAAAUAUUUAAAUGUUGCAAUUUUGUUAAGUAAAUUUUAUAAUCAUUUCUAUAUAUUUAAAAACAAUAUUGUGUGUUUUUGUAUUUAUAAUCAUAGUUUGUUUUAUUUUAAAUUUGGAUUUUAAUAGCUGUAUUAAACAUAUUUUUUAUUUAUUUUACUGAAACCAAAUAUGAGUUUUGUCAUGUAUCUACUAACACACUAAUUGUUUUAAAAUUCUGUAUUGCAACGGGAAAAACAAAAUUGUGCCAAAAGCAUACAGUUAUACGACUAGGGUUAUUUUGUGUUCAUGUUAGUUUUAUGUUUAUUUGUGUUCUGUAGCAGUUUUCAAUGUGAUACAAGGCGGUAACUGGUGCCUGCGUAGGUAGGGGAGCGAAUCCGCUCAACUCUAAUAAAGUUCGAAUUGUGAUUAAGCAAAGUUAGAUUUUUUAUUAUAUACGACUGAUAGCUUUGUCAAACGACUUGACGCUACUUACAUAACUAUUUUUACAUGUAAUUUAUAUAAGUGUACGUUAUAGGCCUAGGUUCGUUGUAUUAUAUGUAAAAAGCGUGUAUCUAAUUUUGUACAAAUGUAAACUAGUUCCUGUACAGCAUAGGGAAAUAAUAACCAGUCACCGUACCAUUCA